AUGGCUUCCUCCAUGAUGGCCUCCACCACCGCCGUGCCCCGUACCAGCCCUGUCCAGUCCAACAUGGUGGCGCCCUUCUCUGGCCUCCGCUCCUUCGCCGCAUUCCCGGUCACCCGCAAGGCUAAUGCCGACCUGUCGAUCCUCCCCACCAACGGGGGAAAGGUCCGCUGCAUGCAAGUGUGGCCGCCGGAGGGGAAGAAGAAGUUCGAGACCCUCUCCUACCUCCCAGAUCUCAGCACUGAGGCCCUUAUCAAGGAGGUCGAGUACCUCCUCAAAAACAACUGGGUUCCCUGCCUUGAGUUCUCGAAGGUAAUCCCCCUCCGCCAAUACAGAAUUGCUCCUCUGAUCUCUCUCUCUCUCUCUCUCUCUCUCUCUCUCUCUCUCUCUCUCUCUCUCGCUCUCUCGACAUCUAUCUAUCUCAAGGUGUUUCUCUCUACGCAAUGGCUUCUCUGAUCUCUCUUCCUCUCUCUCUCGUUCUGUGAUUGCGGGAGCAGGAGGGGUUCGUCUACCGUGAGAACCACAGCUCGCCGGGGUACUACGACGGGCGGUACUGGACCAUGUGGAAGCUGCCCAUGUUCGGUUGCACCGACGCCACACAGGUUAUCGCUGAGCUCGAGGAGGCCAAGAAGGCCUACCCGAAUUACUUUGUGAGGAUCAUCGGCUUCGACAACAGACGCCAGGUUCAGUGCGUCAGCUUCAUCGCCUACAAGCCCCCGGGCAACUAA